GUUUAUCCCACUUCUACGGACACCGCGCCCAGCAGGACAGUGCGGCGCAACAACGUCACUUCCGCUCGUUUGGGAGUGCUCGAGGAACGAGGACGCUUCUGCGCGUUUCAGUUGGUUGUUUAUUGCGAAUGGACCCGGUAAAGUAAUAAAAACAAGAAUAUCGAGUACCUGAAAGAUUCACACGAAGCAUCGAGCAGUUCUGAACGUAAACAAAAGUCUAACGGCCCUGUGUUUGAUUCUUAAAUAACGAAGUGAUAGUUAAAAACGAAGUGAAUAAGUGAGGGCUGUGGGGCAUAAACCACAAGUGAAAACAAGCAGGACCAUAUGAAACUUCCGCCAGAAGAUGGCUACGCCGGCUGUAGUUUCCACGGAUGGAGCGAGCUCCAGUAUUCCUGGAAAUCGAAAGGUGGCUUCCUCUGAGCUUCCCAGCAUCUCUGGUUCAUCCCAGACGAACAAAAAGACCAUGGGCCACAGAGGAAUUGACCCCACUGGGGAAACCACAUAUAAAAAGACCACAUCAUCUGCUUUGAAAGGUGCCAUUCAGCUGGGCAUCACACACAGUGUGGGAAGCUUGAGCCAGAAGCCAGAAAGAGACGUGCUCAUGCAGGACUUCGAAGUGGUAGAAAGCAUUUUCUUUCCCAGUCAAGGCAGCAACUCAACUCCAGGUCAUCACCACGGUGACUUCAAGUUUAAAACAUAUGCUCCCAUUGCGUUCCGCUACUUCAGAGAGAUGUUUGGGAUCCGACCUGAUGACUACCUGUACUCUCUUUGUAAUGAACCUCUUAUUGAGCUGUCUAAUCCUGGAGCGAGCGGGUCCAUCUUCUACGUAUCUAGUGAUGAUGAGUUUAUCAUUAAGACGGUACAACACAAAGAGGCAGAAUUCUUGCAAACACUCCUGCCAGGUUACUUUAUGAACCUGAACCAGAACAUGCGUACGCUGCUUCCUAAGUUCUACGGCCUCUACUGUGUUCAGGCUGAGGGGAAGAACAUCCGAAUUGUAGUGAUGAACAAUCUGCUGCCAAGCGCUGUACCCAUGCACCUUAAAUUUGACCUGAAGGGCUCGACGCACAAGCGGCGUGCUUCACCGAAAGAAAGGGCCAAGGAUUUGCCUACAUACAAAGACCUAGACUUCAUGCAGGACAUGCCUGAGGGCAUAUUUCUGGAGAGUGACCACUACAAUGCCCUAUGCAGGACUAUUCAGAGAGACUGUCGGGUACUGCAAAGUUUUAAAAUCAUGGACUACAGUCUGUUGAUGGGUAUCCACAACUUGGACCGGGCAGGUGAAGAGGCAUCUACUGCAGUGCCCGAUACCCAGAAAAAGGCACAAGGCCAGAAGCCCCUAUACUGUACAGCCAUUGAGUCUAUUCAAGGAGAAUCCAAGGGCAACACUUCACCACAGCCCUAUGAAAGCAUGGGAGGAAUUCCAGCAUUUAAUUCAAAAGGAGAAAAAUUGCUGGUUUUCAUCGGCAUCAUUGACAUCCUUCAGUCUUACAGGCUUGUGAAGAAGUUGGAGCACUCAUGGAAAGCUCUGCUGCAUGAUGGGGACACUGUAUCUGUGCACCGGCCGAGUUUCUAUGCAGAUCGCUUCCAGAAGUUUAUGUGCAAUACAGUCUUCAAAAAACCUACUUUGAAAACAUCUCCCUCAAAGAAAAGUCGAGGAGGAACUGUGGGAACCGGUGGGAAGAAGUCAAACAUUUCAGUAUCUGGACUAUCACAACAACAGUCCCUUCCUGUAGCAGCAGAACAAACACAGCCACAACAGACUACAGCGCAGCUGUGCAGCAGUGGAGCUGUGUCCCUCAGCCCAGACACUCAAGGAGACAGCGGUGUGCAAACUGCUCGUCCUGACCUGCUCCCACAGCACCUGAAUGAAGAUGAGAUCACAAGUAGCUCAGCUGAUACGACACUGUCAGCAACCUCUCCUGGAAGUUUUCAGCCCUCAAACACUGUAGCUCUGAGUCGUAGCAGUAUAGCGGCUCAGUCAUCAGGGGAAAGCUUGGAUGUGGAAGCCAUUUCAUUCAGUGAGAUUGUUCCUCAGACAAGCACGUCAGAAUGAAAGACUUCGGAUAAACAGGACAAAAUAAAGCCCUCAAGGACAAAGACGUAUUCUCUUUUAAGGACAUCAGAACGGAAA